AUGAUAUCAACACCUGAGGCCUUGGUGUUUGAUGUGAGUAUUGUGGGCCUGAACGGUGAUGAGAAGCUCGCCAUCCUCCGAGGAUGUCCAGGCGUACCUGGUGCGACAGGGCCAAAAGGAGACCCAGGAACUAAUGGUGCAAAAGGAGAGAAAGGCCUUCAAGGAAUCCCAGGAAAAAUGGGACCCACUGGUAUGAAAGGAGAGAAAGGUGAUGUGGGUCCUACUGGCCCAAAAGGGGACAAAGGAGAGCCAGGCCCCCCAGGAACAUUCGGAGAAAAAGAGCUGGAUGACCUCCACUGUAGGCAGGGGGCAAAGAACUGCAAAGAGCUCUUGGCCAAGGGGGUGAUCCUGAGCGGCUGGUACACCAUCUACCCCCGGGACUGUGUGCCACUGACCGUGCUGUGCGACAUGGACACGGACGGAGGCGGCUGGAUUGUAUUCCAGAGACGGACCGAUGGCUCUGUGGAUUUUUACCGGGACUGGAACUCUUACAAGAGAGGAUUUGGAAGCAAGCUCACUGAAUUCUGGCUGGGGAAUGACAACAUUCACCAAUUGACCUCACAAGGAGUAAAUGAGCUGCGCAUUGAUUUCACUGAUUUUGACAACAGACACACUGUGGCCAAAUACAAAUCCUUCAACAUUUCAGGGGAGGCAGAUCAGUACAGGCUGGGACUUGGAGCCUUCCUUGAGGGCACUGCAGGUGAUUCACUCACUGUCCACAACCGCAUGCCUUUCUCCACCAAAGACAGACAACAGGAUCCUAGCAACCGAAAUUGUGCAGUGACUUACAAAGGAGCUUGGUGGUACAACAGCUGCCACUACAGCAACCUCAAUGGGAUGUACUGGCUUGGGUCUCACUCCUCUUUUGCUGAUGGUGUGAACUGGCAUUCUGGCAGAGGGUACAACUAUUCCUACAAACGCUCGGAAAUGCAGGAAUUCCAACCAAGCCAACAUCUUCACAUGUUGGUUCAUACAGACACAUAUCUCUAG